AUUUAUUUUUUCUCGGUCGAAUAGAACAUUUAUGUCUCUUUCUUCUCAGUUUCUUGGCAAAAUCAUUAGGAUUAAUUCGUUUUCUCUGUUUGUAAAUACUUAAACUUUUCCCAAUUCUCACCAUCGCCCAGUGAUUUGUCAGAUUUCUCUUGUUCAAAGUUGCACAUGUAGAAGAGGGAAGGACUGAGCUUCCAAACUUUCCUCUAGAGUAGAGGCAAGGAUUAGACUGUCAUAAUAAGCUGCCAGCUUUCCUUCAAUGGGUGCUCCUAAGCAGAAAUGGACUGCAGAAGAAGAAGCAGCUCUGAAAGCUGGAGUAGUCAAACAUGGGGCAGGAAAAUGGCGCACUAUACUUACAGACCCAGAGUUCAGUGCCAUUUUGCGCAUGCGUUCAAAUGUAGAUCUCAAGGAUAAAUGGAGGAAUAUAAAUGUGACAGCAAUAUGGGGAUCCCGGCAGAAGGCAAAGCUUGCCCUUAAAAGGAACCUACCAGCCCCCAAAAUUGACAAUAAUAAUUUGGCCUUGAGUACAGUUGUUCAACAUGAUGAAGUUCUCGAUACUAAGCCCCUAGCAGUUUCUGGUGGAACAUUGCAAUCUCCUAAUUCAAAAGAACAAAUGUCAAGGUUGUUGGAUAAUCAUGUAUUACAGGCUAUUGUCAAUAUGAAGGAGCCAAGGGGUUCUGAUAAGGCUGCCAUUGCUUCUUAUAUAGAGGAAAAGUAUCGGUCUCCACCAAACCUCAGAAAGUUACUGUCAUCAAAACUGAAGCAUAUGGUAGCAAGUGGCAAAAUAAUCAAGGAAAAACAUAAGUUCAAGAUUGCACCGAAUUCAGCAGUCUCUGAGAAAAGAAGAUGCUCCUCCUCGCUACUUCUGGAAGAUAAGCCCAAAGAUUCUCCAGAAGCGGAAAAGACUGAUGUCAACAUUCUUUCAAAAUCCCAAAUUGAUGCAGAGCUUUCAAAAGUGAAAGGCAUGACAGCUCAAGAGGCGGCUGCUGCAGCUGCAAAAGCAGUUGCGGAGGCAGAAGUUGCCAUUGCACAGGCUGAGGCAGCGGCCAGGGAGGCAGAGGCUGCUGAAGCUGAGGCUGAGGCUGCUCAAGUGUUUGCAAAAGCAGCAAUGAAGGCGCUAAAAUGCAAAAUGCUUCAUAUUUGAUGGUGUGGACUUCUGCUUGUUCAUCAUCAGUAGAAUUGGCUUGAGAUAAUAGUUCUGCUGCUGCGCUUCCUGCCUUUUCUUAAAACUGUACAUAAUUUUCGGUUUGUAAAUCUGGAAUUUGCGUGAUGAUUCACGAAACAUUUUGUCAGGAGUCAGUAAUAGCUUAUAUUUUAUUUUCCCUUUUUCUUAUUUCUAAAGGAAGAAAAUUAGGGGAAGGUUACUAAGUACUUACGGUCACGGAAGAGUGGUAACAGCGAUGGAGUGCUGUAAUGGAAUGGUUGACAUCCACCGAGAGUAAAUUAAAGAAAACAAUUUUUAGUAUUGUUCCAAUAGCAAUAUGGAUUGUCGUUGCCAUGCAGAUUAUAUUUGCUAGAAUGAUUGUUCUAAGAUAUUGCUACAUUACU